AUGUCCGAGUCAACGCCUCGCAAGCGCUCGCGGUUAGCCUGCACUUUAUGCCAGUCCCGGAAGCGCAAAUGUUCGGGUGGCCAACCCUGUAGCACUUGCGCCCAAACAGGGGCGGAAUGUCACUACAGCGCGCGCAGGAAACGCCCCAGGUCCCAUAGUCUGUACCGAGCGAGCCUGUCGCUCGAUGAACGAUCUACAGAUGGCUGGUCUAACACAGUUCCAAAUCCUGGUCAUGCCACAGGCAGCGCCGUGAUACAAGCUUCACCCCACCAUGUCGGCGGUCCAGAAGAGGCUACGCAACCCCUGCAAGCCAAUUCUGGCGCCGCAUUUGUUCGCAAACUCGGGUUGAGGAUUGACCCAGCGCAUGCACCGCGAUUGCAAUUAUUUGCAUGGAAUGUUGGUGAAAGGCGCUUGUCAUCAGCAAUCCCGCCAGUUCCUAUCAUGGCGCCGAUCACUAUCACCAAAAUUAUCUCGCAGGAAGAGAUGCGGCGGUUGGCAGCGAUUUACUUCGAGAAGGUCGAUCCAUGUUAUGCAUUUCUGGACCGUAAGCUGGUCUUCGCUCGGAUAGUGAGUCGCUGGGAAAAUUCGUCAUCUCCCGACUCUGCAGAAAACUCCUAUGAUGCCGUGUUAUGCGGUAUCGCUGCCUUUGGGUAUCUGUUUUCGAGGCGCGAGAUCAUAGCGUCGGAACUGCAGUUAGUUGAAACUGCGCGAACUCUCUUGGAUAAGAGUGUGCUCGCAGCGGAAAUACCAUCGGUCGACAUGGUGACGGGCUGGGUGUUGCGAGCUGCGUAUUUACGCAUGACAGCAUCACCGCAUGCUGCAUGGAUGGCCAGCUGCACGCUGAUGCAUCUAAUCGAAGCCGCAGGAUUGCACCUUGAAAUAUCCGACCCAGAAUCAGCAACCCUACUCACAGCUUCACCAUCCGACACACGCGAUAGCCAAGCUGGGACCGAUACGGGGUCCCAGACCACCAGCGACCUCGAAAUCCGACGACGACUCUUCGGAAUGGCGCGCCACCUCAACACGUGGAUAUCUUUUGAUCUUGGUCGCUCCCGUGUAAUACUGCACGGCGCUACGGCCCUCUCAUCUUCAAACAUGCCCUCAUCCCGCAAUCCACCCUACCAAGCACCAUCUCGAGCCGCAGGCGGCGAUCUCUUCCACCUCCUCCCACUCUCUGAGAGCCUUGACCCUACUGGUCCUUCACCACAGGACCUCCCCGAACUUGAAAUAGCCCUCACCUCCGUCCUAGAUUUACAUUACUCCGAACCUUCCCUCAUCCUUGUCCAAUGCAACCUAAUGCUGUGCAUUUACCGUCGACUCCGGGCUCUAAACCAGCAGGGCCCACUAUCCUCCAAUCUUCUUGACCGCGUUCUGACACUAGCUAGCCGCGGGCUUCGUGCCGCAAGAGGGAUGGUCGCUUCCACUUGUCCCUGGCAUCAAGUCGCGAACGUCCCUUUCCAGGUCGUCUGCUCGCUUCUGGCAAUUGACAACCAGGCUGCACUGGCGUUGCUCGCACAAGCCAUGCGGACACUGCGUGAAGUCUACACUGCAUAUGAUACACCCUCUAUGCGUGAGGCGUAUUCAACGGCAUACUUGCUGAUUGCAUUGCAUCAGCGGCGGAAGGAGGAUGAUACACGAACUCUUGCCGGGGUGUUGCGGGUGAAUGCUGCUGCCGCGGCGCCGGCGCCUACUCCAGAUUUGGAGAAAAGUGAGAAUGAACGGGCUGCAUCGGUCGACCAGGCUGGAGAUCAGAGUCAGGUGCACGCUGGGACUGAGCCGCAGGUUUCAGAUGCAGAGUUCUCGUGGUUAGGAGAUUUGAUGAUCGAUAUGCCUAGCCUGCAGAACUUUGAUCUGGAGACGUUUCUUAUGACUGAUGUCCCAUGGCCUUUGCCUGAGAUGGGAAUCUAA